GGCGGAGUCGCGCUUCCUCCCUCCGCACAGAGAUGGACCAGCUCAUCCCGAUCAUCAAUAAGCUCCAAGAUGUGUUCUCAGCCAUCGGACAGUCGCCUAUCAACCUUCCCCAGAUCGUCGUGGUUGGCAGUCAAUCCAGCGGCAAGAGUUCCGUCUUGGAGAACAUCGUAGGCAAGGACUUUUUGCCACGCGGAAGUGGUAUCGUAACUCGUCGGCCGCUCGUGCUGCAGCUGUACAACACGGAUGGAGGCGCUAGCAAGGACGAGGAAUGGGGCGAGUUCAACCACUUGCCGAACCAAAAGUUCUACGACUUCAAGAAGAUUCGCGAGGAAAUCGAGAAGGAGACUGACCGCAUGACGGGCAAAAACAAGGGCAUUUCAAACAAACCUAUCACGCUCAAAGUGUUUUCACCGUUCGUGCUCAACUUGACCUUGGUGGAUUUGCCAGGGAUCACCAAGGUUCCGGUGGGAGACCAACCUGCCAACAUUGAAGAACAGAUUCGUGACAUGUGCAUUGAGUUUAUUGGAAACCCCAACUCUAUCAUCUUGGCCGUGACUGCGGCAAACACGGAUUUGGCCAACAGCGACUCGUUGAAGAUGGCCCGCGCGAUCGACCCCGAAGGGCUUCGAACGAUUGGUGUCUUGACGAAGCUCGACUUAAUGGACAACGGCACAGACGCCAUGGAAAUGCUGCAGGGUCGCGUCAUUCCGCUGAAGAAAGGAUACGUCGGUAUUGUGAACCGAAGCCAAGCUGACAUUAACAACGGCGUGGGUAUCCGCGAGAGCGUAGCAAAGGAAACGACAUUCUUCAAGGCGCACCCGGCGUACCGCGGCAUCGCAAGCCGCAUGGGGACGCAGUACUUGAGCAAAUCACUCAACACGAUCCUCAUGCACCACAUCCGCGACUGUUUGCCCGACAUCAAGUCGCGCAUCUCGUCCAUGUUGGCCGAACUGGAUCUAGAAAUGGACGGCAUGGGCAACCCCACCGACAGCAUGUCGAAGACUGCCCUCGGCGCCACAUUGCUCCAGUUGAUCUCGCACUUUUCGUCGUCGUUCAUCAACUCGUUGGACGGCCGCCAGCCCAACGCGAACGACAUGACGGAGCUGUACGGCGGCGCCCGCAUCUCGUACAUCUUCAACGAACUCUUCACCAAGUGUGUGCAGGCCGUCGACCCGUUUGAUCAACUCAGCGACAACGACAUCCGCACGACCAUUCGCAAUGCCAAUGGCCCGCGGCAGUCGCUGUUUGUCCCGGAAGUUUCGUUUGAACUUUUGGCCAAGCGACAAAUUGCGCGGCUCGAAGCGCCUGGCCUGCAGUGCGUCGACUUUGUCUUUGACGAGUUGCAACGCGUGACGUCGCAGUGCGAAACAGUGGAACUCACUCGAUUUGCCGACCUCCGCGAUCGCGUCGUGGAAGUUGUCAACAGCAUGCUGCGGGCAUCGAUGGGACCUACCCAACUAAUGAUUUCCAACUUGAUCAAGACCGAGCUGUCGUACAUUAACACGAACCAUCCCGACUUCAUCGGUGGAUCUCGCGCUGUCGCCCAGCUCAUGGAUAAACUGCAGCAAGAUGGAAAUGCGGCCACGUCUUCCGACCCACCGCUUCAAGCCAAGCGCGCUUCCGCCACCAAACCGUCGGCAAGUCCCGUGGACGAAAGGGAAUCGUCCAGUGGGUUCAUGAGCAUGUUCAAGAAGAGUUCGGCCGACUCGGCACCUAAGUCGGCCGGCACCAGUGCUUCGAAAGACCCCGUUGUGAAGCUGCCUCAAGUCCCGACCACGAUGCGCCAAGCGGACAUUCCGACCGACCGCGAACGCAUCGAAACUGAAAUCAUCAAGUCCCUGCUGGCAUCGUAUUUUGACAUCGUCCGCAAGAACUUUCUCGACCUCGUCCCGAAAGCCAUCAUGUGCUUUAUGGUGAACCACGCAAAGGAUCAAGUCCAGAACCAGCUCGUGUCAAGUCUGUACAAAGAAGACAAGCUCGGCGACCUGCUGCGGGAGUCAGGCGACAUUGCCAGCCGCCGCGCCAACUGCUCGGAAAUGCGCACGCUGUUGUCGAAAGCGCUCGACAUAGUCAACGAAGUGCGCGACUUCAACACGUUCAAGUAAUCGCGUGCUCGACGCGCCAGAUCAUCACGCCAGGAGAAGCUAUCUCGUUGGGCAUAUCUUACUAAUCUAACACCCGCCUUCUAAAACACUCGGGCGAGAGGAACGUUCGUCGACUGGAAUGGAGCCGUGGCUGACGACGAAGGCGUUGGACCCGUGCUAAGAAAUGGCGCUACGAGGUCUUGGAUGCCCAACUGAUGGCUGUGCUUGUCGAGCCCAGUCAGGACCUGGCGCACGUGCUCACUUGUCUCAUUCGGCGAUGCUUCCGCGACGGCCAUCAUGGCAACGACGCUGAGGCGGCGGAUCGUGAAUUCUUCCAACAUGGCAAGCUUCGUGAGGCGAAGGACAAGGUCUAAUGCCGCACCGGCCAUCGCUUCGUGCGCGAGCGGUCGUGUCGCUGUUGGAGACGCUAGGAAGCGGAGGGCGACGCACUUCAUGGUUUGUACUGCUUGCGCAUGUGCGGGAUGCUCAGACGGCGCCACGUGGUGGUCCAGCACCGCCACAACACUCGCAAACAUGUCACUCACCUGGGACGAUGGAUGGUCAAACAGCGUCGUCCAAAGUUUGAGUCCCAUGUCGGAGUGCCACUGGCAUGGGUGCAAUCGAUACCAGUGAAGGACGACCGCAAUCGUGCGGUGGAGAAGCGGCAUGUCCAGGUCAAAUAAGGUCGCGCGGCGAUACAUUGCAAACGCAAUGUCGCGUCGGUCGAGCUCGGGAACACUCGACAGCGUUCGAAGAUGCACGAGAAAGCGUGUCCAUGCUGUCGACUGCGUUUGGGAUUUCGGCGAGAGCGACGAGCGAUGGGUAGAGGUGCGGGGCAAGAGCCACACGAGUGCAAUCAAAGUCUCUUGGAUCAAGCACGGUUGGUACACCGACGGGGACAUUGCAAGUUGCCACAUCCGGUCGGUGACUUUGGUAAAAAAGUCCAAGUGACCGCCGCCACUCGUAAACUCGACCAGCGUCAAGUCGAGGCACUCGGCGACGACUUGAAUGACCCGCGCAACACGUUGAAGGACAAGGGGGUUGUCUCCGUGGGUUUGCAAAAUCAGGUUGACGCCGUUCGCUGCAAUCUCGAACGGUGACAAGCCGCCACGGACCUUUUCAAAACACUUGGGCGCGAACUGACCGAGGGCCAGUUCCUGAAUCGCAGUGAGGAGAACCGUGCAUGGAGCUAAUGUCGCGGUCGUAGGAAGCGCUGAUGACGACACAUUUGUCGGGGAUGUUGGCGCGGCAGCGAGGGCGAACGUGUGUUUCUGCAUGCAUAUAUCGACGAGGAGAUCGGAUAUCCGCGCCGACACGUGGGUAU